AUGUUAAGUAUUCGAAGGGAGUGUAUGUUUUUUUCCGAAAAAAUAAAAUAAUUUGCGUUUUUAAAAUAUAAAGUAAAAAAGUAAUUACUUAUUAUAUUCUAUUUUUAACUUCUGUAACAGGAUUUGUUUUGGAUAAUCAUGCAAAUAGUGCUGUGUAGUUAAGGGACAGUUCAGAAUAAUGACAAAAUUAGCUGGCACGCGACGUGCACGAAACCAGGCUACAUCGUUAGCUAUACCCCGGCAAAACUCUAUAAAUGAUAAUGGCAAGACUCGUCAAAAUUUAAGCCCUGAAGUACUGGGGUCUAUGAAUAAGGAACAACUGAGGGCGGAAUGCAGAAAGAGAGGUCAACGGACUACGGGGAACAAAAAUGAGCUGCUCGCCCGUCUCGGGUACUACAAGCUGGCGGCGGCAGUGCAAGUAGAGACUGAGGAGCGCACGCGCAACGGAGUUAACACACUCCCGAAAGAAGUCAAAACAAAAUUAGUACCAAUGGAUACAGACAGUCUCGUGCUAUGGCGGAGACCGUUUACAACAAUUGAGUACUUUUUCCGCGAACUCUUAAUAUUAUGCAACACAGGGUUACGGAGGUUAUUAGCUUAUAAAUUACUAGCAUUAGCGAUAGUGUCUUUAGUGUCCGGUACGGUGGUAUCAUACUAUGUGAGUGGGCCUCACCAACCGUAUGUACAGGAGGCUGUACUAACUCUGGCUUGGUGGGGAUGGUGGGUGAUCUUAGGGGUGUGUAGUUCAGUAGGGCUCGGGACCGGUCUGCACACAUUCCUUCUAUAUCUCGGACCACACAUAGCCCGGGUCACACUAGCAGCCUAUGAGUGUGGGGGGUUGAAUUUCCCCUCUCCUCCGUACCCUAAUGAUAUUAUCUGCCCGGAAGUGAUAGACCCAAACUUCACAGUGUCGAUAUGGAACAUAAUGUCGAAGGUGCGGAUAGAGUCCAUGAUGUGGGGGGUGGGCACCGCCCUAGGCGAGCUACCCCCCUACUUCAUGGCGAGGGCGGCGCGCCUAUCGGGAGGGGCGGUGGCCGAGCUGACUGAGAAGGAUGACUCCAGGACUGGCAGAGCAAAAAUAAUGGUGCAGAAAUUAGUGCAGAGAGUGGGUUUCGCUGGUAUACUGGCGUGUGCGUCUAUACCAAACCCAUUAUUUGACCUGGCGGGCUUGACUUGUGGACAUUUUCUCGUACCUUUCUGGACUUUCUUCGGAGCGACGGUCUUGGGCAAGGCAGUCAUUAAAAUGCACAUACAGAAAAUGUUUGUCAUUGUAGCCUUUAAUGAAACACUCGUUGGGCAAGCGCUCUCAUGGGUGGAAAGGAUACCAUACAUUGGUCCUAAACUAGAGGCGCCAUUACUGGAAUUCCUACGAAACCAAAAAGCACGUUUACAUAAAAACGACUCGUCAUCCGUACCUGAGAACCGGGGUUCUAUCCUGUCUAGUCUUUUAGAGAAAUUCGUACUCGCCAUGGUUCUGUACUUCGUGGUGUCAAUAAUAAAUGCGUUAGCCCAAAACUACAGUAAACGAAUUAGUAAGAAAAAGGGCAAGAAAAGGGAAUAG